GGAAGCCGCGGAGCCGGCCCGGGCUCCUCCCUCUUGUUUCUGAGAGGGCUUCGGGCCUCGUCACGCUACCGAGACGGAGCCGGCGUCGCCGCGGCCGCAGUGCUGCCUGCCGCGAGCCGGGAGAGAGUGACGCCGCCCCCUCCUCGCGGGCCCUGCCUGACGAGCUCUGGGGCGUGACCCGCUCUGAGGGACCAUGGCAGCCUCCGGGGUGGAGAAGAGCAGCAAGAAGAAGACGGAGAAGAAACUGGCGGCGCGAGAGGAAGCUAAACUGUUGGCGGGCUUCAUGGGCGUCAUGAAUAACAUGCGGAAGCAGAAAACUUUGUGUGAUGUGAUCCUCAUGGUCCAGGAAAGGAAGAUUCCUGCUCAUCGAGUUGUCCUUGCUGCAGCCAGUCACUUUUUUAACUUAAUGUUCACAACAAACAUGCUUGAAUCAAAGUCCUUUGAAGUAGAACUCAAAGAUGCUGAACCUGACAUUAUUGAACAACUUGUGGAAUUUGCUUAUACUGCUAGAAUUUCUGUGAAUAGCAACAAUGUUCAGUCCUUGCUAGAUGCAGCAAACCAGUACCAGAUUGAACCUGUGAAGAAAAUGUGUGUUGAUUUUUUGAAAGAACAAGUUGAUGCUUCAAAUUGUCUUGGUAUAAGUGUGCUGGCCGAGUGUCUGGACUGUCCUGAACUGAAAGCGACUGCAGACGACUUUAUUCAUCAGCAUUUUACUGAAGUUUACAAAACUGAUGAAUUUCUCCAGCUUGAUGUCAAGCGCGUAACACAUCUUCUCAACCAGGACACUCUGACUGUCAGGGCAGAGGAUCAGGUUUAUGAUGCUGCAGUCAGGUGGCUGAAAUAUGAUGAACCUAAUCGCCAGCCAUUUAUGGUUGAUAUCCUUGCUAAAGUCAGGUUUCCUCUUAUAUCAAAGAAUUUCUUAAGUAAAACGGUACAAGCUGAACCGCUUAUUCAAGACAAUCCUGAAUGCCUUAAGAUGGUGAUAAGUGGAAUGAGGUACCAUCUCCUGUCCCCAGAAGAUCGAGAAGAACUCGUAGAUGGCACCAGGCCUAGAAGAAAGAAACAUGACUACCGCAUAGCCCUCUUUGGAGGCUCCCAACCACAGUCUUGUAGAUAUUUUAACCCAAAGGAUUAUAGCUGGACAGACAUCCGCUGCCCCUUUGAAAAACGCAGAGAUGCAGCAUGUGUGUUUUGGGACAACGUAGUAUACAUUUUGGGUGGCUCUCAGCUUUUCCCCAUAAAACGAAUGGACUGCUACAAUGUGGUGAAGGACAGCUGGUACUCCAAACUGGGCCCCCCAACCCCUCGAGACAGCCUGGCUGCCUGCGCUGCAGAAGGCAAAAUUUAUACCUCGGGAGGCUCCGAAGUAGGGAACUCAGCUCUGUACCUGUUUGAGUGCUAUGACACAAGAACAGAAAGCUGGCACACCAAGCCCAGCAUGCUGACUCAGCGCUGCAGCCACGGCAUGGUGGAAGCCAACGGCCUCAUCUAUGUGUGUGGAGGAAGUUUAGGGAACAAUGUCUCUGGGAGAGUGCUUAAUUCCUGUGAAGUUUAUGAUCCUGCCACUGAAACGUGGACUGAGCUGUGUCCAAUGAUUGAGGCCAGGAAGAAUCAUGGGCUGGUUUUUGUAAAAGACAAGAUAUUUGCUGUGGGCGGUCAGAAUGGUUUAGGUGGUCUCGACAAUGUAGAAUAUUACGACAUUAAAUUAAAUGAAUGGAAGAUGGUCUCCCCAAUGCCCUGGAAGGGCGUGACAGUAAAGUGUGCUGCCGUCGGUUCUAUAGUUUAUGUCUUGGCUGGUUUCCAAGGCGUCGGUCGAUUAGGACACAUCCUUGAAUAUAAUACUGAAACAGACAAAUGGGUCGCCAACUCCAAAGUCCGUGCUUUCCCAGUCACCAGUUGUUUAAUUUGUGUUGUGGAUACUUGUGGAGCAAAUGAAGAGACUCUUGAAACAUGAAAAAUGAGUGGAGCUGAAGAUUCUCCAGACACUCAAAAAUAUGGCCACCAGUGCUUGUUCCGAGAGAGUGGCUACAAAGUUUUGGUUUGGUGUUUUGUUAAAGAAUGUUUAAAUGAAAUCCCUAUAAAAUUGAUGAUUGUUUUAUAUGGAUUUCCUUACUUAAUUCAAAGACCCUAUUUUAGCUGGCCAAAUAACCAAGAACAUAGCAAGAAAACUUGAAAAGUUAUAUGCAUUUGGUGGAAAUAUGAAUUUCUGGAAUGAAUUUCACAUUUGUAACUAUAUGACAGAGGAGGGACUGGCUCAUCAGUGAAGUGCCCUCACCGUAACUCUGAUUCUAUUUUCAUACAUGAUGGAAGUGCUGUGUAGUUAGGUCUGAUUGUUUAGUCAAGAACUAAGAGUUCUUGAAGUCUAAUUCAAGAUGGGCAACUCUAAUGGAGCAACUUAGCCUCACAUGGUCUUGCUUGUCUUCAUUUGUUUCCUUUAGUGCCAAAUGUAUUCCAUUUUAAAAGUACAUAGGAGUGGGUCAUCAUACACUCACAAAAUUUCAUGAACAAUGUUUCUGGGGCUUAACGAUGUGCCCAACCCCUCAUAAAAUAUAUUUAAUCCAAUUAAAUAUAUUCCAUCUUUUUAACUUGAGAAAUAGUUAGCUUAGCACCCAUCACUAAUUUAUGUCACUGUUUUCACACAGUAGUUAACAAGACUCUGCCUCUUCAGUCCUCACUGCUAGAUAAAAUCCAAUCAUAAUAAGAAUGAUUCAAUAGGAAAAGAUAAAGCUAUUUAGCAAAAUUGUAGAUCAUUAGAAAAGCACUGAUCAUUGUAUCACAUCAUGUUAAUGCUGAACUAUGGAUUUAAAAGAUACAUGAUUUCUUUUUCCUUAGCAAAACAGUCAUAUUUAACACAGUUGUCUCUGAAAGUUUCAUAAUAACUUAAUGUAUGUAUUCUAUUCAUUGCUUCUACAUGGUCUGUAAAUCUUUUACAACCUCAGUUACUCAAUUGUUUGUUAGUAACGUUUUGCCCUUUUCACUACAUAUGGAAUGAGCCAUAUAAAGCUGUCACCAUCAAUGUUUUUAAUCUGACAAUAUUAAAUAUUUUUUAAC